AACACAUGCAGGUAUAUUUUCCAUCCACCAUCAUCUCGGACAGCGAGUUUUCAUUUCGUUGUAGUCUAUAGGAAAACUUUAAUCUCUGCGUUUCUUUUGUUGCACGUUCCUUCGCCGCGAUUCUCCGACAGCAGGUCAACUAUGGGUAUACUGGAGAAAAUCUCCGACAUCGAGAAGGAAAUCGCUAAAACCCAAAAGAAUAAAGCUACCGAAUAUCAUCUUGGAUUGCUGAAGGCAAAACUUGCCAAGUACCGUUCGCAACUGUUGGAACCCUCGAAGAAGGGUGAAAAGGGAGAAGGUUUCGAUGUGCUGAAAUCAGGUGACGCGAGAAUCGCACUGAUUGGUUUCCCAUCCGUCGGUAAGUCAACGCUGCUGUCGACGUUGACCAAAACGGAAUCGGAAGCGGCCAACUAUGAGUUCACGACGCUAACGUGUAUUCCCGGUGUAAUCGAAUACAAGGGAGCGAAUAUACAGCUGCUAGAUCUGCCAGGAAUCAUUGAAGGAGCCGCGCAGGGUAAAGGUCGAGGACGACAGGUUAUUGCGGUAGCUCGCACUGCGGAUCUGGUACUGAUGAUGCUGGAUGCUACGAAACCGAAUGUGCAUCGGGAACUGUUGGAGUACGAGUUGGAAUCGGUAGGGCUGAGAUUGAACAAGCGGAAGCCGAACAUUUACUUCAAGAUCAAGAAGGGAGGUGGCGUCAGUUUCAACUCGACUUGUCCGAUGACGAGAUGUAACGAGAAAAUGGUGCAGACCAUUCUGCAUUCGUUCAAAAUAUUCAACGCCGAGGUUCUGUUUAGGGAGGACUGCACGGAGGAUGAGUUUAUCGAUGUUGUGUCCGGCAAUAGGAUUUAUGUUCCAUGCAUCUAUGUGUACAAUAAGAUUGAUCAGAUUUCAUUAGAAGAAGUGGACAGACUGGCUAAACAGCCGUUCAGCGUGGUAGUUAGUUGCAAUAUGCAUUUGAACUUGGACUACCUAUUGGAUGUGCUAUGGGAACAUCUUAUGCUGAUUAGGGUGUAUACAAAAAAGCCGGGUGUUCCGCCAGAUUUUGAUGAUGGCCUAAUUUUGAGACGGGGCGUCACUGUUGAACAUGUGUGUCACGCGAUUCAUAGGACUUUGGCCGACCAGUUCAAAUAUGCACUGGUUUGGGGCACCUCCACGAAAUAUUCUCCCCAGAGAGUAGGUAUUUCUCAUGUGAUGAACGACGAGGACGUUAUUCAAGUAGUUAAAAAAUAAGGCACUGGCGGCCGACCUGGCGAAUCGCACGGUCUCGGAAAGUUUCUCGAGAUGACGGUUUAAUUUUUUUUUGACCCCAACAUCUGCCUAUUUAGCAAGCUUAGUGAUCGCCUGAACAUAAUGAAACGUUGACGAGACGGAGGAGAGUUUAACCAAUUACUAUUAAAAUAAAAACAUUGUGUAUCGAACAA